AACAAACUCGUUCAGAAAUCGGAGGUAGAUUUGCGCCGACGGAGUGCUUCAACGUCGCAUCUAUGGCCUCCUCCGCGUUCUCCAUCAGGAGGUACGCGGAGAGCAUGAGGGUCGAGGCGGCGGCGGAGGGUCGUCGUCCUUCGUACAUCGAGGAUCUGCCGCCUAUCAAGGCGCCGAGGUUCUCGUGGUGGGCGGACGAGCUCGCCUCCGCCGUGGCUGCUGCUGGUGCUGCUAAGCCGCUGAAAAAGCGGUCCAUCUCUGACCUCUUUGACCCGGCGCCAGCCUUGGACGUGCCUCCCGGCGGUGAUAGUGGAUGCAACGAGCAAACGGAGGUAGACGGCGACGAGGCGCUGUGCACCAUCGUGAGGCAGGCCAAGGAGGAGAAGUGGAAGAGGAGACGGCAGGGGGAGGAGGACGAGGAGGCGGCAGCGACUGCAGCGCCGGAGAACACCGGAGGACGAGAGCCUGAGGGGAAUUUCGCGGCCACAAAGGACACACUUGAAAGUCCAAACUUCCCUGAUGGACUGGAUACUCAUCUAUCACAGAAACAUGAGACUACACAGCAUCACAGAAAAGAGACAGAAAAUAUAUCAGAGCAGAUCAAUAAUGCGAAGAAGGCUGACACACAAAAAUGCAUUGAUAAUAAUAAAAAGUGCAUUCUAACGUACACAAGGCGCACAUCCGUGAAAAUGGCCAAGGAGAAACAUGGCAAGUCGAAGGACAAGGAGGUAGUAGAACUCUGCCGCAAAUCAGUGAACCAUGUCAACUUCUCAGAAGCAGAUGGUGUACUUGGCAGUAAGAUGCAUAGUUGUGAGCUACCUGAACAGCAAAGUCUGUGCAAACUGUUGUCGGAUGCAAUGGCUUCUUCAUCUUCGCCAUCAUCAUCCAUGUCUAUGGGAGAAGAAAAAUGUGCAACUGUAGAAAGUAGUAAUUCUCAUAUGCCCAAGGAAGCAUUCACCAAAAGUAACGAAGCAAAUAGGCGUUACGAUCAUGAUGACUCUGCUGAGCUUAGUAAGAUGUCUGCUCCAUUGAUUGAUCUGAAUAUGGCACCACCGGAAUGUACUUAUUUGGACUGCACCUAUGAUUCGAAUUUGGAGGUGCCCAAUCUUCAAAAUACACAUGGCGAAACUUUUAAUUCAGAUGCUGAAUUGCUUGAUGGCAGAGAAAACUGGAUGAAUUUGUCUUCCGAUUCACAGAAACUGGAAAACCAACCACCUGCUGUUGACAUGGAAAGAGUAAGGAGUUCAAGAUCGGCAGACACAUAUUUGCAUGGAGAGGCAAAGAAAGCUUGUGACGCAGAUGUUGUUGGUCCACCAUUGAGCUUAAGAGAACUCGGUGAGACUAGUCCUUCUACGAGACAGACAGUUCGUUUGAUGGGCAAAGAUGUCGAAGUUUGCAUGACCAGAGGUGAAUCGUUUGCCGAGACUGCACAGAAACAUAAAGUAAAUUCUACCAGUUCAAUUCAAGCUUCAACAUAUCAUGCAAGCACAAGCCAGGCACAUUUUGAAUACAUGACUCCACAUGAUUCCAGUAGCCUGUUUGCUACAGCACAUGUAUCUUCUGGAGCUCGACUGCCAUAUGAAAACAGGUAUGGGGAUUUUUCAAACUUGCAGACCAAUCAGCCUUUUCUAUUGGGGUGUCCACCUCCUCCCAGUUAUGGUGCAGCAUUCUAUCAGCUGAAUCCGCCGCCUCCUCGUGGUUAUUUCUCUGAUCCUAUCCCUGGGGAAGAACCACCGGCAGCACCAUUUUUGCCUAUAACCGGACAGCAUGGGGCACCAUCUUCAGUUUGCCAUGCCAAUUCGCCUCGGCAACAAAUUGUAGAUUCAGCAAGCUCGUCUGUUUGUGUUCUUAACUCCGUGAGUUAUACACUCAGCCAUCCAGGCCAUGCAAUUCAAGAAGUUUCCAACCAUUCGUCGAGUGGUCGGGGUGUGCAGGAGAGAUCAGGACUGGUGAAGCUCACUCCCGGGGCAAAGCAUAUACUGGUGCCAAGCGAUAGCACGCAUGGCAACUCUGUGCCGGUGCACUCCUGUUUACCAUUUGGUAGUAGGAGCGGAAAUGCUGCAGGGUCUGAAAAUAAAGGAGCCUGGUCGGCACUGCUUUAAUUCCAAUUCAUAUGUUCAGUUGGAGAAUUUUGAAAAAUGUUUGCAACUUUCUUUCUGUGUAAAACUAGAUUGACUGAUCUAUUAUUGAUGAUAGAUCUAUCCCUUUUCCAGAAUCUAGAAACAUUAGGGUUAGAGCUGGGUAUCCUCGUUGGUUUGUAGGUAGUAAGAGAUAGAUAGAGUUUUCCGAAUAUAAAAAUCUGGUUUGGUCACGGCCAAACGGCGGAGUCCGCUUGGAGCAUCUGCGGCUACUGUUCGCUGGAGAUUGC